CAAUGAGUAAGAAUUACAUCUGAUCAUGAGCACGAACGACCUUUUACAAUUACACCCAGACCCUAUAGCAGUGAAUAUUUCACUAAUUUGUUCAGCAAAUUUUGAGGUUUGAGUCUCGAACCUGACCUUCACUAAAAGCGGUCUGUUUUUGAGGCUUGUUACAAUGGCCCUUUCCGUGAAACAGUAUGUCUUGAUCUUUGGGAUGCUUUUUUCUGGGACUAUUAACACAAUUUCCAAAAAGGUUCAGCUUGACUGCAUUGCUAGUGGAUAUUUCAAUCAUACUGCGAAUAACACACGUUCACCUCAUUAUUUUAAUAAACCAUGGUUUCAGACCUUGCUCAUGUUCUUUGGGGAGGCUUUUUGUAUUAUUGCCUUUCUGGUAAUGAGGUGCAGAAAAAAAAGACGGAAUACACUACAUGGUUAUAGUGCCAGUAUCAUAGAAUCAAGAGGUCUAAACGUAGUAAGCACACCUGUUUUCAACUGGAUUUUUAUAUUGCCAACGUGUUGUGAUCUAUUGGGUUCAACAUUAGCAGGUAUUGGCCUUUUGUAUAUCGAUGCGUCUAUCUGGCAAAUGCUACGAGGAUCACUUAUUGUAUUUGCUGGUAUUCUUUCCGUUAUAUUUCUCAAACGGCGUUUGCGUUACUUUCAGUGGACCGGAAUUUCGAUCACUGUGUUUGGAUUGGCUCUUGUUGGCUCAAAGUCUGUAUUCAGUGGAAAUUCAGUGAAAACAACCACUUUACAGUCAGUAAUAGGAUUGAUACUAGUAUUAGCCGGUGCGUUCACUUCUGCUACACAAAUGAUAAUAGAAGAGGUUUUUCUGAAAAAACGUGGCUUCCAUCCUUUACAAGCUGUUGGUAUGGAAGGGAUCUUUGGAUGCAUUUUAAUGUGUGGCAUUGUGCUACCAGCUGUUCAUUUUAUUCCUGGCAAUGAUUUAAAUGGUUCAUAUGAAAAUGUUAUUGAUGCAAUUUAUCAAAUUGGAAAUAAUUAUAUUCUAUUAGGCAAUUGUAUUAUAUAUGUAUUUUCUAUUGCAAUAUUUAACUAUUGUGGUCUAUCAAUUGCUCGAAGUCUUAGUUCUAUCCACCGAACAUUGAUAGAUUCUUUACGUACUGCACUGGUAUGGAUUUGCAGUUUAAUUUUAUACUAUGGGAUCGGUCCGCCAUAUGGAGAACCAUUCAACAUUGGAUGGGGUCUUAUUGAAAUCGAUGGUUUUGCCUUACUCAUUAUUGGUACAUUAAUUCAUAAUCGUGUAUUAGAUAUAACUUUAUUACCAUGUUGUCCAAAUUCUAUGGAUUCAAUAAUAAUUAGAGAAGAGGAUAUACAAGAUAGAAGUGAAUUCUCUGAACCAUAUUCACUUGAUCAUACAGAUACUUUUGAUUCUAGUGAUUAUGAUGAUGAUGAUGAUGAUAAUGAUGACAAUAAUGAUCAUAAUGAUAAUAGAUUUAGCGGGAUAUUCAGUCAUUCUAAUUGUCCAUCAUCUAUUGAUCAAGAACAUGAACAGUUAUUGAAGAAGACAUCUAUUGUUCAUACAAAAUCAUGGAAUAAUUACUCAUCUAUUAAUUAGAUAGUAAUAAUCAUAAUGAGGAUAAUUGCAAUGAUUACUUCCUAAUUGAUUCAUAAUUAUUAUCAAUAUAAGAUAUAUAUAUAUAUAUAUACAAUCUUUUAUAUGUACAAAUACAUGAUGGAAUAUAUCUGUAUUACUUUUAAUCUUGUUCUUUCCUAUUUUAAUAUAAACCAUGGUGACUAUAGAAAUGAUGAUGAUCAUAAUGAUACAUUUCAAUUGUAUUCUCAUUUAACCGGUUUUCUUGUUUUAAAUAAAUAAAUUAUAUAUUUGUAAUAUCCCAAUGAGUAGAAAAAUUAGAUUUUCUGAUGUUUCGUCACUCUGUGUAAGCCACUUCUUCAGAGAAUAAAUAACCUAGAUCAAAAUUAGUCCAAGUUUAAGUAGUACAACGGAACAACGCACGAAUAUUAGGUGA